AAUCGACGUCAAAAGAUACUCAACAGCUUCGCCAUGCCUCCCGCACAGCCUGAACUCAAGAAGUACUUGGAUAAGCGGCUCUUCGUCCAACUAAACGGCAGCCGAAAGGUUCUCGGCGUCCUUAGAGGCUACGAUGUCUUUCUAAACAUCGUUCUCGAUGACGCCGUAGAAGAGAAGGCUGGUGGAGAGAAAGUUAGAUUGGGCAUGGUGGUUAUUCGAGGAAACUCUGUUGUCAUGUUAGAGGCUCUCGAGCGUAUCGACCGAUAGACUUGUUGCAAAUCAUUUCCCGGCAGAGGAACAAACGAUGGUUCGAGAAGCUCUGUCAAAUUGAUAAUUUCUCAGUACGGGGAAGUUUUGGGUGCCCAAAAGUUUUGAGCAGUCAUCAUGGCGCAUAUGGUUCCAUAAACAGAUGAUUAGGAUUCUACACAAUAAUGAAAUUUCUUUUCUCCGAU